AAAUACUUAUUUGGUUACAGCACAUGGUGCAGACAGGUAUGAGCACGCCGUUCGGAGCGGCGGCUCCCGCCGGUUUUCCUACCCAGAACGGGGAAGUCAAAACGGAGGUUAAAGAAGUUCCUUUAUUACCACCUCCCACAGCGGCAACGACGGGUCCACCCUUCAGUCCGCCACCGCCACAACCAUCCGGAAGUGAGCAACCACCACCAGUAGCAAUAGUUAGUAGUCCUGCAAGAGGUGCGGCCGCCUCGUCCUUUCCAUGCGAACAAUCUCAGCCGCUUACAAAAGUAGAGGUAGUCGAAGGAGCGAUCGUACCACCGGCUACAGUAGGAACGCCCGAAGCUACACCCGUAGGCACAACCACAGUCACAGAUCCCGCGAAAAAUCAACCAAAGCGACUGCAUGUAUCCAACAUUCCCUUCAGGUUUAGAGACCCAGAUUUAAGAGCAAUGUUUGGACAAUUCGGUCCUAUACUUGACGUAGAAAUUAUUUUUAACGAACGAGGAUCUAAGGGGUUCGGUUUUGUAACAUUCGCAAAUAGUGCUGAUGCGGAGCGCGCACGAGACCGACUUCACGGCACCGUGGUUGAGGGAAGAAAAAUAGAGGUAAACAAUGCAACGGCUAGAGUACAAACAAAGAAACAACCCGCGCUACCGGCAGUACCCGUAUGUGUGCAAUGGCCGGAAGCAGCUUUAAGAGGAGUCGCAGCUAUACAAAGAGGGAGAGCAAGAGCGGCAUAUCCGGCGGCAGCUGCGGCUGCGGCCGCGGCGGCUUUUGCGAGGCAUCCGACGCCCUUAGCCGGUGCCCUUCACGGUUACACUCCCGUACUAAAUACGCUUCCUGUCGAUGGCAGUGUUUACUACGACCCGUUUUUAACUGCUCACGCCGCCGCCGAUCCUAACUACAGGUUACAGGCUGCUGCCGCUGCUGCUGCACCACUACUAAAAACCCCUCUAUCAACUGCCCAACAGGCCAGCUACGCCGCAGCUGCCACGUAUACAGCAGUUGCAGCUCGUUACGGGGCAGCUCAACCUGUCGCAGGUUACGCUGUGGCUGGAUAUGGUCGUGAUUAUGCCGAUCCAUAUUUAGGACACGGAAUCGGUCCUAUGGCAGGAUACGGGGCUGCUGUCUACCGUAGCGGAUAUAAUCGUUUUACACCCUAUUGAACAUAUCGGCAGCUUAGUGGUGGCCUACAAUAAUACUCAUCUGUUUUACGUGUAUGUAGCACAAAACAGCACAACAAAUCGAAAAAGCGCCAAAGAGCUGUUAACUCACUAACAUAUACCCUUGUGAUAAACAUCUAACCAGCUCUCUUAAACGUAAAUUAGUGUUAAUAAUAUUGAAUAAAAUUAUCAAAGCGUUUCCAUUCACUUAUACAGAUCUUAUCAGAAAGUUUUAGCACGCACGGUUUUUAAGGCGACUUUUAAUCCCUUUUUUUUCAUUACGAUUUUUUUGGCGAACCUAGAACUGAUAUACAUAUUGAUCUUUACUUAUUGUAUAAUACUUUUUCUAUCUUUAGAGUUAAGAGAUAUUUAAGAUUGACUGGUAACUUAUUUUUUAAGGGUAGUUCACACGUUUUAGUUAUACACACUCGAUAUGCCAAAAGAAUUUUUAACAUAAGGUUUAUAUGUAUACAUAAGUGCAGGUUUAUUAAUUGUAGAAGCACGUUAUGUACGAAGUUUUAGAAUCUAAUGAGGGUUUAUUUAAGAAUCUCAUUUUUAAGUAUGAGUGCAAUGGAAACGUAAAUGUGUGUUGAAUAUAUUUUUUUUUGUUCGUUAAUUUCUAUACUUUGAUAAAUGUUUUUUUUUCGGACUGUGGUCUGCGAACAUAUCGAUAAUACUCGGUGUUUUGCUCUCUAAACGUGAUUACAUCAAUUCCAAACUCUUAUUUCUUAUUAGAGGGUGCAUUUUCAUGUUACCGUAAUUAGAUAUUUAAAGAUAAGUAAUUUUUAAUGUAAUACGUAAAUUGUUGCCAAUUUAGAUAUAAAUUUUUUUGGACAACUAACAUGACAUUAUUAUCACUAAUGCUUCUUAAGCAAAUCGGUUGACCAAACAAUUUAGUAGUGAACUAUAGAUUAGCAUGCUUAAGAAUCAUUACAUACAAAAGAGUUUGAGGCUGGCCUAAUGGAUCAUAAGGCAAUUCGGUUGGAUUAAAAGCUUACCAUAUUUUGUAUUAUAAUUUAUGAUGUCUUGUAAAUUUGCAAUCAUUUUUUAUGUUUCUUAGUAUGUAAAUACAAAAUUUAGAGCAUAUAAACAGGAGGGUGGCAAAGCUUUUAAUUGUAAUGCCAAACUUAUAAUAUUCACGGUGAUAUUAUGAUUCCAAAAAGUUCCUGUUUUCAAAUUGUAGAGAUUAUUUUUGUAGAAGUGCAGUUACAGGAAAAUGUCUGGUUAAAUUACUCGUCAGCAGUCUAGCAAGUUAUUUAUUCGUGCAAUUAUUAAAUGACGUUAUAAAACUUUUAAAUCUGAAUUGUACACAAAACAAACGACACAUGUAACGAAAGCACAAUUGUUAACUUUUUAAAAUGUACCUAUGUGGUUAGGUACGGUUAAAUAGAAUCUAUAUAAAACGUGUAAAUACACCCUCUUAUACAAGCUAGCUCUAGUCUGUAUAUAGUUUAUACGUACAAAUUUCGUGCCCAGGUUGUGUCGGAACUGGUAACAAUUUAAGUACCAACUUUCCAUUGUAGUGUAAGAUCCCUCUGUUAUGUUCGUAUUUUUAAGAGAAUUGUAAUUAAGGCACAAAUACAUACUCAACGUUUUUUGCA